AUGAAUUAUAAAAACUCAAUUUUAACACAAAAUUUAAAUCAUUUAAUUUAAAUUAGAUAAUUAACCAAUAAGGAGAGCUAAGUCAUUCUUAAAUAAUUUGAUUUAAAAGAUUUCUUAAUUUGUAAAAAACUUAUUAAAGAAAGUAAAAUAAAUAUAUUUAUUAUUGUCAAGCUAUACAAUAGUAAGAAAAUUGAGUUGGUUAACUUUAGAUUUUAUUUUAUAAAAAUUCAUAUUAUGUACUUUGCCUUUUGCUGUAGUAGCAUAACAAAUAUAUCCCUAUUUUAAUUAAUUUUAAUAUCAUUUUUAAUGAUUUAUCUAAGCUAAAGGGAAUAUAACCAAAAUUAACCUCAUAAUUCAGUUCAGAAUAACAAUAAUUUUAAUAUAUUUUAGUAAAAAAAAUCAAAAUAAAAGAAAAAACUAAAAUAUAAAGGAAAAAUGAAUAAAUAAAGUUAUUUUUAAAAGAAUUAAUAAAAGAAAUACCUUUUUAAAGCUGAAAAUGGUAAAAAUAAAAAUUAAGUUAAAAGUAAAAUAUAUUUUUGCUAAGUUUUACUUCAAUAAAUAAACUUAAUCAGCUCCUAAUAGAUGAAAUAGAUAAAUUAAUUUUUAAAAAUUGAUAGUAAUUUCAAACAAUUUUAUAUAAACAGCCUCACAAUUAGUGUUUCAGAAAUAAAAAAAAUCUAUUUUUUGGUAAAUGUUAAUUAUGAGGUAUUAAGGUGA